AUGUCGAAGACAGUGGAGAUUCAGUCGCCUGAGCAGUUCAGCGAGCUGCUCAGCAGCUCACGCAUCGUUGUCGCUGACUUCUAUGCGAACUGGUGCGGACCUUGCAAGCAGAUUGCACCCUUCUACGAGCAACUAUCUGCAUCCCUUUCCCGUCCGAAGAUUGCGACGUUUGUCAAGGUCAACACCGAAGGAGACAAGGCGAAGGACGUCGCACAAGCUUAUGCCGUGACCACCCUUCCCACCUUCAUUGUUUUCCGAGAUGGCAAUGUUGUCGAGAAGGUCAAGAGCGCCGAUCCCAACAAGCUGAAAUCUGUCGUCGAGAAGCUCAGCAACGAAAUCGAGAAUGCUGGGGACCCUAGCAACAGUGGUGGAAGCAGUGGUGGCAUGACGUGGCUUGGCGCAGGCCUGCCUCGAGGAUACGCUGAUAUAUCUGACAUCGUCGAUAUUCGAGGAACUGAGUUGCUGAAUGCUGCUACCGAGUUCUCAGUGCGCACUCUCUUCAAGAAACCCAAGCCUGUAUCCUUGGACAAGAGCAGCAGCACUGAGGAAAAGGAUUGGGUGGAAAGCGACACGGACGAGCAACUUAUGCUGUUCAUACCAUUCAACUCGGCCAUCAAGCUACAUACGAUCCAGAUCACAUCACUACCCCCCAAGGCCCAAGAAGACGAAGACGAGGAUGACAUCCCAAUGAGACCCUCGACCAUCAAGCUCUUCACUAACCGCCCGCACAACCUGGGCUUUGACGAAGCUGAGGAUAUCCAGCCUACUCAGGAAAUUGAGAUUGGCGAGGACGAUUGGAACGAGAACGGCACGGCCAGCAUCCCCCUACGAUUCGUUCGCUUCCAGAACAUUACUAGCCUUGUGCUAUUUGUGGUGGAUGGCGAUGGCGACAGUGAGACAGUACGAUUGGACCGAUUACGAUUGAUAGGAGAGUCUGGUGAGAAGCGAGAGAUGGGCAAGCUUGAGAAGAUUGGAGAUGAGCCCGGCGAGUAG